AUGACCACCACAGAUUUGGAACAAGAGCCAGUCUGGAACAAGGCACUCUCGACGCCAAAGGAAGAUGAAACAAACAGUCUUCCAACCGAGAAACUAAAUUCGACGGCUGAUUGUGAGGCUGCUGUUCAUCAAGACACAGCCGACACUCGGAUACAACAAGGGGACGAUGUAUAUCUUCAUGGUCCACCACUAGUUCUCAUGACUCUAUCACUGAUGGUCGGCGUAUUAAUGAUCUCUUUGGAUACCAGCAUUAUUGCGACUGCAAUCCCAAAGAUAACAAGCAAGUUCGACAGUCUUGGUGAUGUCGGCGUUUUCUGCGGUGCGAUGAUCAUUAUAUCGAGAAUCGUCGAGAUGAGAAAGCGGCCGUUACUUCUGGCAAUCGUGGCAACCUUGGGCGCUUUGAUGGCUGCCAUCAUCGUCUUGUACUAUCCGUUGUCUCUUGGUGAAGCUCCAAACAAAGACAAGCCCAUUAAAGAAAAGAUUCUCGGCCUGGGACUCAGGAGCUCAGCUCUUCUUGCGGGGACUCUCGUUUGCCUGUUUCUGGCACUGCAGAAUGGCGGCUCUGUUUAUCCGUGGUCUGACUCGCGCGUCUGGGGAUGCUUGCUGGGGUUUGGUCUGCUUCUUGUUCUUUUUACGUACAUUCAAAUACGGCAAGGUGAAGCAGCACUGAUCAAGCCACGGAUUAGUUCUCAGCGAUCAGUCUUUCUUGGAUGCAUGUUUGCUGCCUUUUACCAAGGCGCCAUGACUACGCAGACGUACCAUUUGCCCUUUUACUUCCAAGCAGUCAAGGGUGUGGACCCUCAGGUAUCAGGUAUAAACAUUCUUCCGCAUGGAGUCACAACUACCGUCGCGACACUGAUUGCCGGCUCCAUAAUCACAUGGCUGGGGUACUAUGUUCCUUUCAUGUGGAUAGGCUCGGCCAUCUUCACCACUGGUGCGGGACUGCUAUACACUAUCGACCAGGGCACACCCUUGGCUCAAUGGUUCGGCUUCGAAGUCCUUGCAGGUGCGGGAUUUGGCAUGGCCAUUCAAAUUCCCGUCUCCGCUGUUCAAGUGGUGCUGAGUACUACAGACAUUCCACUAGGAACAGUUUUGGUCAUUAUUUCGCAAGCACUUGGAGGAUCUGUGGGACUAUCCAUAUCUCAGAACGUCUUCCAGAACUCACUUCGCCAAAGGCUGAAAGACAUCAGCGGGAUUGACGUUGGUGCCGUCAUUGCUGUAGGUGGGAUCGACUUGGAACAUAUUGUCCCAAGCGAGAAGCUUUCCUAUGUUAGGAAUGCUUUCCGAUAUGGUGUGUCUAAUGCGUUCAUUGUGUCGACGUCGCUCGCUGGUGCUGCAUUCUUGGCGAGUAUCGGAAUGGAAAGACGGAAGAUAAAGUCUAAGAAAGAUAGACGAAUUUGA